UUCCUCACUUAGCCACAGGGAGCGACAUCUCCCAACAUGAUGAGGAACCAACUCACUUGGAGCUGCAGUUCAGUCCCAACCUGAGGGGGGGCAGCAGAGUGCCGCGAGGCAUCCAGUCCGCCGGACACCCAGAAGAAGAAGAAGAGGCAGCAGCGGUAGAAGCGGACGUGUCAAACUGUCGCCAUUUCCCUGAGGAAGGAAAACGCCUUGAAGACGGAAGCGAACACGUCCACUGCGCUUUUACCAAAGUCACUUCCCAUCAUCAGCCAUCAUGGGGGGUUUUUUAUCGCUAUUUAAGAUGUUUGGGCAGAAGGAGAUGAGGAUCCUGAUGGUGGGUCUGGAUGCUGCUGGAAAGACAACAAUUCUGUACAAGCUCAAACUUGGAGAGAUUGUGACGACCAUUCCAACAAUAGGUUUUAAUGUAGAGACAGUGGAGUACAAGAACAUCAAUUUCACAGUGUGGGAUGUUGGUGGUCAAGACAAAAUUCGUCCACUGUGGCGACAUUACUUCCAGAACACACAGGGCCUCAUCUUCGUUGUGGACAGCAACGACAGAGAGCGAUGUACGGAAGCCCGGGAGGAGCUCUUACGAAUGUUAGGAGAGGAAGACCUGCGUGAUGCUGUGGUCUUAAUCUUUGCAAACAAACAAGACCUUCCAAAUGCGAUGAAUUCUGCAGAACUCACAGACAAGAUGAGUCUUCACUCCCUAAGUAACAGGCGCUGGUUCAUCCAGGCAACCUGUGCCACCAACGGAGAUGGUCUCUACGAAGGACUGGAGUGGUUGUCAAGUCAGCUCAAAAAAAAUUAAUAAUCACAGUUCUCCAAAAGUGAUCCACCUCAACGUAUCCCUGACUUUGCUCUCUGCUCUUAAGAUGCUGCAAAACCAAGCUGCCCUUAUGGCAGUGGGGCAGCUUAUGGCACUCUUCUUCUGCUGUGGUUAUUCUCUUUCUGGCUGUUGGGAAGCCAAAUGUGCUUGGAGUAAGAAUAGAGAGGCCAGGAAACAAGAUAUGAGCUGCACAUGUUGGCCUUAGUACCUCAAUGCAAUUUGUCAACUUUUUAUAUUGGAUACUGUAUAGCAAGAUCCACGAGGGACGUUUCACUUUUUUAAAAAAUGUAUAUACACUGAUGCACUACUUGCAGCUAUAUAUUUACUUGAACCAGGGAGUACAUGUACUGUAGAUUUCCAUUUAGUCAACACUGGUUUAAUAUCAGCACUCUUAACUGACAUCACUCCAAAAUUGAGAACUCCUCGUCUGUGAACAUUUACUGGCCUUUGUUAUACAGUGUCUUGGUUUUAAAUGAGCUACACUGCAAUUAUUUCAUAUCUACCUGCUUUGUGGUUGUUACAAGGAGAGUUUGUUGUGUCCCUGUUGGGUUUUUGUUUUUCUCAGGUUGAUCACAUGCUGCCUUUGCAAUAUACCUGCGUGAUGUGGUGUGAGGGUUUUUAUAUUUACAGGGUGUUUACGUCAUUAGACUGCACAGGAAGUAUUACCCCACUGAGUACUUAUCACCACAGUCCUAUGCUAUAAGUAUAGGAGCUGGCAAUAUAAAAUCAGUUUCAACAAAAUGUUUACUGUUGUGCCAUCAUUGCAGUAUAUUGUUUGUGUGGAAAACUGGAGGUUGUACAUUUGCAGUCUUAUCCGAGACACUUGUUGUUUCUGUUUUUGUAAAAGUCUUGGUGUUUACUACUCUGGUUUGCAGAAAAUGUAUUUUUUAAUAAUUGCUUAAAUGUUGGUAAACUAUCUUUUUUAAUUGUCAGGUUUUUUAUGUAAAUGUUUGUUUUGUGAGGGAAAAAAAGCACUGUGAGUAAUUUACUGUAAAUUUGAACAUAAAGCCAAUCUCCAGUGUUUCAAUCUAUGCAAUAAACUUUCUGAAUAUUAAGGUG